AUGUUUGCACUGUUUUUCAAUGGUUGUAUAGGAAUAUUGAUGUUUAUAGUUUUUGCAGCAAAGAAAUCCAUAAUAUUAGAAGCUUGGAAAAUAAUAAAAGGCUAUAAAUCAAUAACAUGUUCUCAUUCUGGUGAGGAAAUCGGCUCGAUUGGAACUUCGAGUAUUAACUUUAGACGUAGCGUUGUAUCAGAAAACGUAUCUUCGUUCGAAGACGACAAAAAAUCAGUCAAGAUAACUCUCAAAGAAUGGUUUAAUAAUUUAUAUAAUAAAUAUUUAAAACGCAAUGACUUGGCUUCUAAAAAUAAAUUUAAAGAGUUAGGGAAUUCGAUUUCAAAUAACAACAACAACAAUAAUCAUGUUGGCGGUCACACUACUAUUGUAAUUGGUAAAACGACAGAUCUCAGCACCAUAACGGGAAGGAAAGGUAGUAUUAGUAGUGGUGUUGGUAGUGGUCAAGCAUUGGGCUAUAAUAGUUAUAAUGACAACGAAGAAAGAGCUUCUCGAAACAUUCAUAAUAAUAAUGUUAACAACAGCAUUAAAAAACCUCAUUCUCGUGAUAGUUCUUCACGAUUGAGUAUUAAAAGAAACAGACGUGACAAAUCUUCAUCUGAUUCAUUAUCAUUACACAUGUCAACUCCAGAAAUGGCAAGGGCAUCUUUUGGUUUAGGUAACAACUCUUUGUCGUCAGUUUCCUCCAUAUCAACAUCAAAUAGAAGAUCUGAUGGUAGUGACGAUGGCGACACAAAUAAUUUACCAUCAUCAUCUUCAUCAAAACAAGUUUCCAACACCAUCACUAUACCUGAUAAUGACGAUGAUACAAAAGAUCUUCAAAUUCAAGACGCUGAAAGCACAAUGUUAGACUGUACAUGGUUAUUAGGAUGUUACACGAACAAUAUAUUAAAAUUCGAUUGGCCAAUUCAAUUUCUUUUGAUAAAAGAAUUUUUUAUUGAAAUGACACAAAUCAAUUCCAAAAAAUUGUUACAACCAUUAACAGCAUUUACAAUGGCAAUAAUAGUUGGUUUAUAUGUUAAAUAUGCUAUAAAUGAAUCAAGAAGACAAUCAGAAACUAGGAAAAAAAUAAAGGAUGACGAGAGUAAACAAAAAAGAUAA